AUGGCAGAGGAAUCGCUCCUUCCGAGGAAGGCACAGUCAGCCCGGUCCGCUGCUAAAACCACAGACACGCAUGCGCAGUCCAGCCGCCGGUGCAGGGUGUCCAGGGAGCGGCCCUACCUCGCCACGGAGGAACUACCAUCCCCAGCAUGCCUUGCGCCAGAGCUAGCGCUCCAGCCGGCUACUGGGCCCCGCCUUCUUCAAGAGAUUUCAGGAAGUAUUUCCGAGGCACAGUUCCCAUGUCAGCAAAACAGUGACAAGCUCUUUGUCCGCGCUCUUCGUGGUACCCUAGCACCUCAGACGGGUGCCUUCACUCUGUUCACACCCGGGUUCCUCCUAACGCUAGGGGGAGAUCAAGAGCCUUGGGUUACUCCCCAGGCGAGGAAAGCCGCCGCCCCGCCGGCCUUCGCCUCGCUCUUUCCCCCGGGACUGCACGCCAUCUACGGGGAGUGCCGCCGCCUUUACCCCGACCAGCCCAACCCGCUUCAGGUGACCGCUAUCGUCAAGUACUGGUUGGGCGGCCCAGACCCUUUGGACUAUGUUAGCAUGUACAGGAAUGUGGGGAGCCCUUCAGCCAACAUCCCUGAGCACUGGCACUACAUCAGCUUUGGCCUGAGUGAUCUCUAUGGUGACAGCAGAGUCCAUGAGUUUACGGGAACAGAUGGGCCUAGUGGUUUUGGCUUUGAGUUGACUUUUCGCCUGAAAAGAGAAACUGGGGAGUCCGCCCCACCAACAUGGCCAGCAGAGCUAAUGCAGGGCCUGGCCCGAUACGUGUUCCAGUCAGAGAACACCUUCUGCAGCGGGGACCAUGUGUCUUGGCACAGCCCUCUUGAUAACAGCGAGUCCCGAAUCCAGCACAUGCUGCUGACAGAGGAUCCGCAGCUGCAGCCCGUGCAGACGCCCUUCGGGGUGGUCACCUUCCUCCAGAUUGUUGGUGUCUGCACGGAGGAGCUGCACUCAGCCCAGCAGUGGAACGGACAGGGCAUCCUGGAGCUGCUGCGGACUGUGCCAGUCGCUGGUGGCCCCUGGCUCAUAACGGACAUGCGGAGAGGAGAGACCAUAUUUGAGAUCGAUCCACACCUGCAAGAAAGAGUUGACAAAGGCAUCGAAACCGAUGGCUCCAACCUGAGUGGUGUCAGUGCCAAGUGUGCCUGGGACGACCUGAGCCGGCCCCCGGAGGACGAUGAGGACAGCCGGAGCAUCUGCAUUGGCUCUCAGCCCCGGCGGCUCUCUGGCAAAGACACAGAGCAGAUCCGGGAGACCCUGAGGAGAGGACUGGAGAUCAACAGCAAACCUGUUCUUCCACCAAUCAACCCUCAGCGGCAGAACGGCCUCACCCAUGACCGGACCCCGAGCCGCAAAGACAGCCUAGAAAGCGAUAGCUCCACAGCCAUAGUUCCCCAUGAGCUGAUCCGCACACGGCAACUCGAGAGCGUACAUUUGAAAUUCAACCAGGAGUCCGGAGCCCUCAUUCCUCUCUGCCUAAGGGGCAGGCUCCUGCAUGGACGGCACUUUACAUAUAAAAGUAUCACGGGUGAUAUGGCCAUCACGUUUGUCUCCACGGGCGUGGAAGGUGCUUUUGCCACCGAGGAGCAUCCUUACGCGGCUCACGGACCCUGGUUACAAAUUCUGUUGACCGAAGAGUUUGUAGAGAAAAUGCUGGAAGACUUGGAAGAUUUGACUUCUCCAGAGGAAUUCAAACUUCCCAAAGAGUACAGCUGGCCUGAAAAGAAGCUCAAAAUCUCCAUCCUCCCAGAUGUGGUAUUCGACAGUCCACUGCACUAGCCGGGGCUGGGCCCUGCAGGGGCCAUGGGGAGCCCAGGUGCUCCCUGGUGACUUCCGGCAUAACAGCUGCAAAAGAAAGACUCCCACAAACAAAGGACAUGUGUGAGGAUGACUCCGCAGCCGUCACACCCGCAGCCCAGUGGAUGUCACGCAGGGGCCGCCUGCCCCACCUUACUUCAGCUCUGGGCCCUGCCCAGCUGGGGCCCUGGGACCAGCCCGUCCUCCCGCUGCUGCCACAGUUCCUGCUCCUCACUCCUGCCACAAAUCCCAGUUGCAGCGUGCUCACAGGGGUGUGCUGCCCAGCUGGACUCGGGCAGGCCUUGGCUGGUCAGGCUGCUUCCGCCACAGGCAACAGGGCAAUUCCUCUGAUCAUGUUUGAUUUUCUUCCUUAUUUUAUUUUGUAGAAACCAGAUGGUAUUUUAUUGCUCAGCAAAAAUGUCUAGAAGCCAUGUAUAUAAUGUUUUUAAACCAAACCUUAUUCCCAGAUGAACUUUCUCAUCCUCUUGGAUAGGGACCUGGGGCUGACUCCCCACACAGCACCAGAGCGGAAGGCCUGCUUCCCGGAGCUGGGCCAAAGAGACUGGUGAUGCUUCACUGGGCCAGGGAGAAGGGCUGCUGCUUUCCCAGGGAACUGGGUUCAGGGGCUUGGUGGCCACAGCCUCAUCUCCCUGACCUCUUCCCCAGGCAGGCCUCCCAGGAGAGGCUCAGGCACACCACCUCCAGACCACCCUGCUCUUCUCAGGGCCAGGAUGCGCGACUGACCACCGACUUCCUUUCCUGAUUCCGUGAGCUUCCCAGGAUGCAGGACUCUAGCUGAUUCCGAACUGAAAAUGCACCCUCUCUACAACUCUUUCACUUUGAUUUUGCUGACGCAUCUCUCUGCCUUCCUUCCGUCCAUUCUUUUCCCAUCUUUCAUCCCCUGUCCCUUGUCCUGUUCUUCUCCUGUAUCCUGGCCUCUCACCAGAAGAUUGGAUCUCACAGUCUGCCUUCUAGAAGCCAGCCUAUCUCUGGCCCAUGGUUUGGGGCUCCUUUGAGGUAUCUCUGACUCCUGAUGUGGAAGCAGCAAGCCCCUAUCUUCCCAGGGACCCGCUACUCAAGGAACUGCUAUUUCAUGAGGUCCCUCAGGCCUCUCCCAAGCAAAGGCACUUUGUCAGGGACCCCCGCAGGGCUUCUGCCCUGCCCCACCCUGCAGGGCACCAGCAGGAGUGCUCGUAGAGUUCAGGACCUCUCCAGAGAGAUCCAGCCAAAGGGCUGUGAGGGCACUGCGGGCUCUUGGGAGAGCAGGAGCGGACCUCCAAGGCCCCUGACCCUGCUGCUCUGCACUGAGGGGCUGCCCUGUGAGCACUCAAACUAGUGUUUCGGGCAGAUCAACCUGGGACAUACGGGAAGUGCCACUCUGGACCUGAUAACCCUGAGGCUCUUUCCAGAAGGUGCUUACUGGCCUUCGCCCAUGUGGCAACCCUUCCUUUGUUGGACACUUUUCCGAUGUUUCAUGGGCAGAGAGGUGGCAUCUGCUUGUCUCCAUUCCUUGCCAUUCUGAGCAGCUUCUCCCCAGAUUCUCCCUGAGCCCCGCCAAGGGCUCCCUGCUCCUUUGCCCUGUCUCCGUCUGCCUGGCUUGGGACAGCGGUAAACUGUGUCAUCGGUCUAUGACCGUUGGUACCACUAGCUUAGUGGCCCUGGCUAGGGAGCAGGGAUGGCAGGAAGAAGUAGCUAAGCUCUGAGAGGAAGCUCCCAAGCUGUCUAGGACCCCUUCCUGCUCAGCACCAUGCCAGGAACCUUGUGCCCUCCCAAGGCCCUGUAGGGCUGGGCCCCCAUCAUUCCCCUUCAGCACAGUGCUCGCCCCAGGAGAACUGCGGGCCCCAGGCGCCCCUCCCGUGGCCCCAGCUCCUUCCAGAGCUUUCUCCGCGAGGAUGCUCUGCUGAGCUGCAGACCUGUGAGAAGGGUCCUGAUAGAGGAUCAGGUCAGCGUCACCUCGGGCUGUCCCAGCACAGCUCCUGGCAGCUCUAGGGGAGGAGGUCGGGAGCCUCCCUGCCUCACCGCGUCUUCCUCCAUUCCUCCAGCGCCUGAUGCUGGCACUCCUGAGAAGGGCCCUCCCCAUCUGCCGUGUGACCAGUCAAAAGCAGACUUCAGGGGCUCACUGCUCCAGUGUGGGCGUAAGCAUGGCAACACCAGCCGCCAUUCUGAGGGGCUGGGAGGCUCCGGCAAGGCCUCAGGUCUGCCAGGGUCUGGGGCCUUCCCUGUCUUCCCUCCCAAGGGUGAGGGCAGGUCUGGAGCCAGAGCCUUCUGCAAACCAGGCCUAGAGGCGUGAAGGGGCUUUGCGGGUCAUGGGUGAGAGCAGGGAGGAAACCUGAAGGUGGGGGCCCCUAUGGGGCAGAUCAGUAGAGGUCCCGGACUGUGUUUUUAUCUGGUCUUCCCACGGUGGCUUCCAGGACCUCUACUCCAGGUUAGGUGCCGGGGUCCCUGUUACAAGUCAGGAGCCCUGUGGGAAGACCCCGUGCUUUUGUACCAGUACCUGAAUGCUGCAGUGAGCAGACUUUUGUAAACUUUUCUAUUCAUUUUUAAUGUCAGUGGAGACUCAGUUCCUGGGGCUUCCGCCAGCCUGGGAACUUCUGUAAGAAUUUCUGAGUGACUCACUUAGACGUCAUCCCCUGCCCCUCUUCUACGGUGUAAUCUAAGUGCAUUAAAUGUAUUUGCAGAAGUGCCCGGGUCAUGUGCUCCUUUCUGGCUGCCUGGACUAGAGGAGCAGCCACUUAGAAGACCAGAGGGAAGGCCCAAGGAGUGUUGUGGGGAAUGUAGGGGAGCCAGGGUGUGGGGCUGCCUGGCUGGUGAGAUAACUGCAGGGUCAUCCAUUCCUCGAAGGAAGUCGGGAGUAUAAAGACCUUGCCACCACCUCCUUCCUCUCCUGCCCACCCUCACCAAGACCCCCAGAGGUGAGGAGAAGCCCUCCUCAGCCGGCCCGUCCUGCCAAGCAGCUCCUCCGGGCCUGGCAUUGGCAUCAUCCUUCCAAAGCCGACAGCCUGGGGCUCCCCGAGGCAGGCAUAGGGCAUUAGCCCCAGACAGGCUUCCUGAACCUGUGGGACCACCCCUGGGUCCCUCGUGCAGUCUUUCCCACCCUGCGGGGCCUGGUUUUCUGUCCUGGAGAGUGGCAGGCCCUCUUCUGACCUCCAUGAGUCAUGGGCCAGGAGGGCGAGUCAGCCCCCACACAGGAUCUCAGUGCUCCUUUGCCCUCGUGACCUCUGACCAGACUGUGGCAGGGCUGGCCUGGAGCAGUGGGGUAGGUCCUGCUGGGCCCUCAGUCACUGGUGGCCAGAACAGGCCCGUAACCCCUGGGUGGCCCAGGCCACACCCCUCCCUUUGCCUGGGGCUGGAGGGCUUUUAUCUCACCUUCCCUUUCUUUCUUUCUUUCUUUCUUUCUUUUUUUUUUUUUUUUUUUUUU